AAACCAAAAACCCUGGGGCAUUCAUAAAUAAAACUAUUUAACAAAAAUGUUUGAAGAACAACAAAAAUACUAAUAAUUAACUUCGAUUGAUCGAUCUGCAAAAUUCUGAGUUCCGAUUGCUGGAUAAUGGCCGCCCCGUUCUUUUCAACGCCUUUCCAACCUUUUGUUUACCAGAGUACACAAGAUGCUGUGACACCAUUCCAGAUUUUGGGUGGGGAAGCUCAAAUAGUGCAGAUAAUGUUAAAGCCACAGGAAAAGGUUAUUGCGAAGCCUGGUUCCAUGUGCUACAUGUCAGGGUCCAUACAAAUGGAUAAUGUUUAUGUGCCUGAAAAUGAGGCAGGUGUGUGGCAGUGGCUUUUCGGAAAGAGUGUUACUAGCAUAGUUCUCCACAAUACUGGUUCUAGUGAUGGGUUUGUGGGGAUCGCUGCACCUACUUUAGCAAAAAUCCUCCCGAUUGAUUUAGCACUAUUUGGGGGCGAAAUGUUGUGCCAGCCAGAUGCAUUUCUUUGCUCGAUAAAUGAUGUCAAAGUAAAUAAUACAGUUGAUCCGAGGGCGCGCAAUGUUUUGACUAGUGCUGAGGGAUUUUUGAGGCAGAAGAUAUCUGGUCAGGGUCUUGCAUUUAUUGUUGGAGGUGGUUCUGUUGUGCAGAAAAAUCUUGAGGUGGGCGAAGUACUUGCAGUUGAUGUCUCUAGCAUAGUUGCAGUUUCAUCAUCACUAAAUGUACAAAUCAAGUAUAAUGGUCCAAUGCGAAGAGUUGUCUUUGGGUUUUUAGUGUUGGAUAGAGUCAUGUUAUGUUUAGUUGCAGAUUUGUUCCCUAUUGGAUGUGGUUUUAUACGUAGUGGACGCAGUUUGUGA